AUAGUUGAUACUUGUAUAAUGGUUUCUUUUUUUAUAAUAAUGUUCCAUAGGAACAAAAAAGCUGUAUGAGAGUGGUUCAUACACUAUAUACUAGAACUCUAGUCUGAAAAAGAAUACAUUUUCAACCAAAAAGUUGCUGUAUGUGUUUGGGUGCUCUUAAAGACUGUUUUAUGCGUACAUAAGGAGGUUAACUUAACAUGGAUCGCCGGGCUUCCUAUCAGGCUCCUUGAUGUAAGUGGGUCACAUAUCCAUAUCGCUAUAUACUGUGCACUUAAAGUAGAUAAAGCGGUUAUCUGCAACAUAUGCAAAACGAAUUAUACGGGUUUAACCACAACAUCAAAUAUUCACCACGCUUAGCCAAUGGAGCGAGACAAACCAGCUAAACCAGAACGCGGGGUAAGCAAACGCGUGGAGCAAGUCCUCGUGUUUUGUAUGCUGGUGGUGCUAGUAGCAACUAUCGGGGUGGUAGUCUGGCAGACCAGCAAACUAAACAUCGGCGGGGAUAACAAUAGCAAACAACCAUCGGAAAACAAGAUACACUGGCCAUUAACGGCUAGGAAUCUUGAGAUAGAUAAUGACUAUACACUAAGAUUACUUAAUUCCCAAUCCAAAGCUUUAAAACUAACGGCAGCUUUGGCUGAUCUGGCAGAUUUGAAUGUUCCGCCCACGCCUUGCAAUGGUUCAGAAUGGAAAGACUAUAAUAUAUGCGUAGAGUGGAGUGGAAAAGAACGUUUGACGGUGAAUACGUCGGUUUACAUCGUCCCGAGAGAUGGGUCUGCACUAACGUGCUACGAGGUCACCGCUAAGGCUCUGGGAUGCAGUAACCAAGUUAUUCAACAUUGCUUCAACACCUCUAUCGCCCACUGGUAUGGGGGCUAUGCCGACAAGUUUCAAUACUGGCCCUUCGAAAAUAACACCAGACGCUUGUCGGCAUAUGUCGUUAAUGAUUCGUACGUCGGUGAAAUAGGCGGUGUCAUUGAGCGUUACUUUGUGGCUUCCACUGGUGCCGGGAUUCUCUUGGACCACGAUGUACCUCUGUACUACAGUCUCAACCAUCCUAAACAAGGUCUAAUGUGCUUUGUUGCUAAGUACGACAAAUAUCCAUAUUUCAAUAUUGAUUCGGAAUUACCGGUAUUAAAAUACAAGAUAUGCGAAAGUGACAAUUUAAAAGACGUGCAUAUGAAAAUGGCCAACGCUUUCAUUGACAAACCACAGGGAAUACCAGAUAAAAGCUUGUUUAAGUAUCCGAUCUGGUCAACAUGGGCGCAAUACAAGAAAGACAUCAAUCAGUCAACUGUAAUAGAGUUUGCAAAUGCAAUUCUUCAACAUAACUUCUCUCAUGCUCAGAUUGAAAUAGACGAUGACUGGACCCCAAAGUACGGAGAUAUUGACUUUAAUAAAGAUAAAUUCCCAGACCCAUCUACAAUGGUGAGAGAUUUGCAAGAUCUCGGAUUUCGGGUAACCGUUUGGGUCCACCCGUUCUUUAACGCAGAUGCCAACUCAUUUUACGAAUCGGCAAUAAACUCCAUGCUGGUGCGACAGUACGAUAGUCCGGCGCCUGCAAUUACCCCUUGGUGGGACGGAUUAAUGGCCGGAAUAUUGGACGUGUCAAACCAAUCAGCCGCCCAGUGGUACCUUGGUAAGCUUCGCAACCUGAUGACCAAGUAUAACAUAAGCUCCUUCAAGUUUGACGCCGGUGAGACCUCGUGGAUGCCGCACAUUUACAGCAUGGCCAACAUAACAAAGAACCCUGCAGACGCAUACCCUACCAAAUGGGUCCAGCUUGCAGCGGAGGCCGACCCGACCUUUCACCAAGAGGUUCGAGUCGGUUACAGAACUCAGCGGUACCCUAUCUUCGUUCGACUUAUGGACAAAGAUUCAAACUGGAGUCACAAUAACGCGCUGAAGUCCGUUAUACCGUGUGUUCUCACUUACGGGUUGCUGGGAUACCCGUUUGUGUUGCCGGACAUGAUUGGCGGGAACGCUUACAACGACCAUCCCGAUCCGGAACUAUUUGUUCGUUGGACACAACUGAACACAUUUUUACCGGGUAUGCAAUAUUCGAUAGUCCCUUGGAUAUACAACGAAACUAUCAUGGAUAUUGUUCGUAAAUUCACGGAAAUGAGAGAGAAAAUCAGCCCAACGCUUAUCGCAAAGGCUGAAGAAGCAGUCCGUACUGGUGAUCCGAUUAUUUUACCACUUUGGUGGAUAGAUUCAAGUGACGAAUAUGCUUUGACAAUUGAAGACGAGUUUUUGUUGGGCACAGACUACCUUAUAGCGCCAGUAGUAGAACAAGGGGCGAGGUCACGUGAUAUUUACCUGCCUAAAGGUUCAUGGAGAGACAAUUUAAAUGAUACCGGUUCAAUCAUUGAAGGCCCAAAGUGGUUGCGAAACUACCAGGUUGAUAUCGACCAACUCGCAUAUUUUUCGAAUGCGCUUGCCAACUUUCCAGAUUUCGAUGGCUGAACUGUUGUGAACUUCAAAACGUUAAUUCUACGUUCAACUGAACAAUACGUGUUUGUGAAUGCACGAAAUAUAUACGGCGUUGUGUUGAUGUACGCAGUUGUGACAUAUUGUCGUGAUUGUAUGAAUGAAAAAUAUAUGGAUGAACAUUAUAA